AUGGAAAGCUACGCUGCUCGACUUGCAUCUUUCAAUGCAACCCAUCCUGCUACAAAGAAGAGAGCGUCCGAUCCCAAAGGGACCAAAAAGCUCAAGUGGCCUCAUAAGAAUCCUUCUCCACCUCGAGUAAGGCUCAAACUCCACACUAAAAACCGAGUUGACAUCUCGCAGCUUGCGCAAGCCGGCUUCUACUACCAACCAAGCUCUUCUAAUCCGGAUAAUGUAACCUGCUAUCUUUGCGAGACCAACAUCGAUCAAUGGGAAGCAACCGAUGACCCUCUUGAUGAGCAUCUUGCGCAUGCGAAAAGCUGUGGCUGGGCUGCAAUAGCUUCAGUAGAGAGAGCAAUUGAGAAUGGCGAACAAGAUGUGCCGAACCCAGCGUCCGAGGAAAUAAUCCAAGCUCGUAUGGCGACCUUCUCUUGCGGAUGGCCCCACGAAAGCAAAAGAGGCUGGCUUUGCAAGAUCCAAAAACUUGUUGAUGCCGGCUGGCAUUACUGUCCAUCCCCGGAGAGCGACGAUUACGUUCGAUGUUCCUACUGCAGUCUCGGUCUUGAUGGAUGGGAGCCGAAAGACAAUCCUUAUGAGGAACACGAACGGCGCUCGCCGGAUUGUUUGUUUUUCAAAUCAGUUGUCACGGCAAAACCUCAGAGUGGAAAACGGAAGAAGAAGGAGCGAGGGUCCAAAGCCUCACGCAUGUCAACACAAUCUAAUUUCACCGUCGCGUCAGAAGCACCAUCAAUUGCAGAAAUUGAAUUGGCUCUAGACGAGAGCACAUCCCAAACGGCUGCGCCAACUCCGAAAGCGAAUAUCAAAAAGGGUAGCAAGAAGGGCACCAAGGGUAGAAAAGCCGCUAGCAAGAAAAUGGCACCUGACAGAAAUGUUGAGGAGACUAAUCUAGCGACCAGCCAUCUGGAGCCCGAAGACGAUGACUUUUCUGUCAAGAUCGAUCAAAGUCCAGAGUCAAUACCGAAUGGGAAAAAGCGGAAGAGCCAGCAAAUUAGCACCGAGAACAAGGAGGCAAUAAUGGAGCAGGGCGCCGAAUCACAGCCUCCACCUUCCAAACGUAGAACCACCAGAACAAGAAGUAGCGUUACAACUACCCACCACGCUUUCGAGCCGACUUCACAGAUAACGGAUCAGGACAUCCAGAUGACCGAUGUUGAGCCUGAUCCUGCGUCCUUGCCGGAGGCUUAUAAGAAGUCAAAGAAAGGUGGAAAGAAGCGAGGCACAUCAGCGCCACGAAAAACAUCCGCAAUGUCCGCGGCAUCUAAAGCUUCGCUGCGCAUGGCGAUACCGGAUGAUGACGAGAUAGACGCAGCACUAGAGCUUGAUCUUGAGAAACCUUUGACUGAUGAAGAAAUGGAGGUCGAAAUGGGUAAUGGACAAUCAUCAAAAGGGCGACGACUAACGCGCACCAAACCCGGCUCAAAGAAAGUGGCAGCGUCCGUCGCGCCAACACGGAGGACAACAAGAGCAAGCACUGUUCCAGUGCAAGAACCUUCGUUGGAAUUUGAUCUGAGUCAACCUCCACCAACUGCUACCUUUGAAGACGUCAAUGAUGAAAGAUUCUCGGAGCCUCCAGAUGACUUCGGGCUUGACGAGCUCCCUGCAAAGAGAACGACUGGCAAAAAGACAGGGAAGAAGACAGCGGCAAAGCUUACGACGCAAGCAACAGAAGCAGUACUUAAGCAAGAUGUAGACGUGCAACCUGUGACAAUCGAAAACGACGUGUCUAGAACCGCACCAACACAGAAAGAGCCACAGAGCAGCCAGAAUUCGCGACAGAGGCCAGCCCCUAAACCACGUGUGUCCAUAGAACACGAUUCACAUAUUUCUCUUGAUGACACGCAGACUCUAAGAGAUGACUCUGGUCAUGAGACGGACGCCAGUGUUGCUACUCAAGGAGAUGGUGACGGGGAAAACAGAGCUCCAAGUAAGAGAGGAAAGAAAGGGAUGAAGGUGCAACCAGCCCGAAGAAAGAAAGAACAAAACCUUCAAGCAGAGAACGUCGAAAUCAGCAAUGCAAACGUUGAAAGGGGACAAUCGGCACUUGAGGUUGAGGUGACUGACCAUUCCAACAUGAUGAACAAGAUUGCAGACCAGAAGAGGGCCACCAUACCAACAAAACCGGCAAGGGCUGCUCCAAAAAAGACAGCCAAGAGCAAGAAGGGUGCCAUCAAAGUCAAAGCGGCGGAAAGGGAUCCUUCUCUGAUACCUGCUGUGCUGGAGGCACCUAGCUCACCACCAGCUCCAAAGGAAUUGACGCCUGCCGUUUCGCCACAGUCCUCAGACGCGGAAAACCAACCUCCUUCAUCCCGUCCAUCUGCUCUGCGUCCUCCGCUUGAGCUAGCAUCAGCUUCGAAAUUGCAGCCGACUCGCAUCCCUUUGGCCACUUCAACACCGACGUGCUCACCCUCUAAGAAUACGUUCUCAAGGCUGCAGUCAACCGUGCCAUGGACAGCAGCCGAUCUAGAGCGAAUUUUUCACGGAUCUCCGGGUGUCCAUAAGGAGAACAUUCCUUUUGCCUUUGGUAGCAGUGCCAAUAUAGGUGCAUUGACAAGCCCAGAGAAGAAAUUGACCGUCGAGCAAUGGAUCCAGAACAGGGCGCAUCUCGGAGAAGAGAGCCUUCGGGCAGAAUGUGAAAGGGUGGUGGGGAACUUUGAAGGUGAGGGCAUGCGAGCUCUGCAAGCUCUUGAAGGUAUUAUAUGUGUUGAGUAG